AUGAUGUAUUCGUUCACUUCUAUGGGAGGUAGAAUAAUUGCACCAACUACCCAUGGUCGUGGUCCAUAUACAUACAAGAUUGGAGGUCAAAAUCAUCACCUGAUAGGCAGUUUGUUGCCGAAUGAUGGAGCACGUCCUAAAUUCUCUCAAUUAUACAUAUAUGACACUGAAGAAGAGAUUAACAAUAGGAAGAAUGCGGCAAGUUCUAAAGACCCUAAUAAUUUUGAAGAUCGUGUCGUUGCACAAUUGAAGGAUAUGGUUGAUCAACAUAACCCAUUGGCCAAGAGUUUUAGAAUGGCUAGAGAUCGUUUUGAAUCAAACAACGGCGAAGACUUAAAACUUAGGCUAAUUGGAAGAAGGGAUUCUGAUGGAAGGACUUAUAACCUUCCAACAACAUCUGAAGUGGCCGCUCUUAUAGUUGGAGACAUUGAUACAGCAGAUAAGAGGGAUAUAGUAGUCCAAAGGAAAAAUGGAAGAUUAAGGCAGAUAUCUGAGCUUCACCCAUCGUAUUUACCGUUACAAUAUCCACUGAUUUUCCCAUAUGGGGAAGAUGGAUAUCGAGUAGAUGUUAUGCAUAGAGACAAGACCGCAUCAAGUAGUUCUACGAAUAAAAGAGAACGACUUACUAUGCGGGAGUGGUUUGCAUACAGAAUGCAAGAUCGUGAACAUGAAGCCGAUACUUGUUAUUAUGUCGUCGUUGUAUCAACAAUUUUUGGUUGA